CACCAGACCACGUCUGUUCCCCUUCUUACCUCUUCCUGCCCGUCCUAUUAGUAGCUAUAACUAAUUCUAUUGCUAUUCGCCUUCAUAUAUUCUAGUGGUAUUCUACUGUUCUAACAAGGCACCUUCUCUCCUCUAUCUAUACUAUGGUCAAGUUUUCGUCCACCCUCGGUCUCCUCGCUGCCGCAUUCACUGCCGCCAGUGCCGCUGGUACCCAUCACGGAUCAGGCGUCAGCACCUUUAACCCAGUCCUGAAGAAUUCCAGUGGAUUCAAGGUCUACCAAACCCCCAUCACUGUCAACGUUGACUCGACCAAGCCGGCUGCAUUCACUGCUCCGAGCAAGAACGACGCUGCCGUCACCAGCAAGGCCGACAUCGCAACGGCAUUCCUGGCCAAGACAUACAACAUCCCAGCCAACACUGUCAAGAUCACUGACGCGUACACCGACUCUCGCUCGGGCAUCACCCACGUGCAUGUGCGCCAGACGAUCAACGGAGUCGAUGUCAUGAACGGUCUGGCCAAUGUCAACAUUGACUCUGAGGGCCGUGUUAUCUCGUCGAGCAACUCGUUUGCUCCAAGUGAUGCCAUCAGCAAGGUCAAGCGCGCUAAUGGCUCGCUCUCGUCGUUCAAGGCGCUGACAGACUACGUCAAGACCACUGUGUCUGACAGCGACCUAGGCAAGAUCACUGUCGCGUCGACUAGCUCCUUUAAUGGUGAGUCGCAGUACGAGAUCGCCAAUGUUCCCAAGCAGGCUGCUGUCGAUGGCAAGUCCACUGCUACCAAGGCAUACAUCCAGACUGCCGAGGGCAAGCUUGUUCCAGGUCAGGAGAACAGCUGGUGGAGCGCGCAUAUCAGCCAGGACUCCAACAAGGUCGAGGCCAUCAAUGACUGGGUGUCGCAUGCCGAGGCUUACAACGUGUAUCCGCGCACUAUUGACGCCCCUGAUGAGGGAAAGCGCACAACUGUCACUGAUCCGGCCGACAAGACUGCCAGCUCUAAGGGAUGGGUCACCGGAAAAGAUACUCGUGGCAACAAUGUCUGGGCGCAGGACAACCCUUCGGGCGGCGAUACAUGGGAGAACAACCAUCGCCCGAGUGCCAAGGACGGUGCCUUCGAUUUCCCGCUCGACUUGACCCAGGAGCCCUCCAAGUACAUUGAUGCUGCUAUCACACAGCUGUUCUACACUGUCAACUCUAUGCACGAUCUGUCGUACCUCUACGGCUUUGACGAGGCUGCUGGCAACUUCCAGGAUGAGAAUUACAGCGGCAAGGGCAAGGGCAAGGACUAUGUCGUUGCAUUCGCUCAGGAUGGAUCGGGUACCGACAACGCCAACUUUGCCACGCCGCCCGACGGCCAGAACGGUGUCAUGCGCAUGUACAUCUGGACUCAGACAACUCCGAAUCGCGACGGAGACCUGCAGCAGGACAUUGUCGCCCACGAGUUUACUCACGGUAUUUCGAACCGUCUCACCGGUGGCCCGUCCAACGCUGACUGCCUAAACGAUGGCGAGCCUGGAGGCAUGGGUGAGGGAUGGAGCGACACUGUGGCCAACCUUCUGCGCAUCAAGUCUGGCGACAAGCGUACCCGCGAUAUGGAGAUGGGCGUGUACUCGUACGGCAAGGGCAUUCGUAACUACCCGUACUCGACCUCAACCACCACCAACCCUAACACCUACAAGACGCUCGAUGACCCCAACUAUAAGGAGGUGUGGGCUGAGAUUCUGUACGAGGUCAUUUGGAACCUUAUUGAUGACAACGGAAUCGCCGACGACAUCUUUGCUCACGAUCUGACCAAGGGUAACUCGAUUGCGCUCCAGAUCAUCCUCGACGGUAUGAAGCUGCAGCCGCCGAGGAACAACCUGACCAAGGGCAAGAACAAGUGUGCUAUCUGGAAGGCGUUUGCCAAGCGCGGUCUUGGCCCCAAGGCUUCUGGCAAGAGCGGCAGCACUCACACGGAGGACAAGUCGCUCCCCGAAGGCUGCUCUGCCUAAGUUCAUAAACUCUUUGGACAACCGGUCUUUUUAACAGCUUAUAUUUCUAUGUCUCUUUAACACGACAAGCAGCUAGGUAUGUAGUUUUGGC